ACCGAGAUACUAUUAUCUUAAAUCGUGUUUGUGAGCACGUGAAAAGUGCUCUGUGCUCUUUAGUCUUUUUGCCAGUUGUCAUUUUGUCAUGGUGAAUUGAUGACCAUUACAAUGACAAAAUAGAUAUACAAAUAUAAUAGGAAUACAAGACACAUUUUGGGAAAUCAGGAACAUGACGAGGUUUGCCAGGGCUCGAGGCUCUAAGUCAUCUAAUCAAAAAAUACCGGAAGAAGCAACACCAUGGUUGGAAAUGAAAGAAAAGCCACAACAAACCGAAAACGUCGAGUCGACGACAGAUGCGGUGGAAGAGAAUCGCAGUAGUAAGUACGACUCGUACUCGAACGUGGAUAAAUUUGACGGUUUCAGCGUGUUGAAAGAGGACGCAGUGAAACUGCGGGUAGAAAAAUUCAAGUUAAUUAAACAGGGUGUGCCCAGACAUCAGUUGAAGGCACAAUUGAUGCCAAUGCGUCGACGUGCCGAGAAGAAGCUCUCCAGGCUCAGACAAAAAUCAUGUUUUCAUUGCCGACAACCCGGUCAUAUGUUGAAUCAAUGUCCAGAGUUGGGUACCAACACCGCACUAGGAGUCUGCUUUAAGUGUGGCUCAACAGAACACAAAUUACAUGAAUGUCGAAAUGCAGGAAAUAGCAGUCAACUAGAUUUUGCCAAAUGUUUUAUAUGCAAAGAAGAAGGACAUCUUUCACGCCAAUGUCCAGAUAACCCGAUGGGAUUAUAUCCAAAUGGAGGAGCUUGCCGAUCUUGUGGAGAUGUUACUCAUUUUGCCAAAGAUUGUCCAGAAAAACAAAAGAGAAAAAGAGAAGAAGAUUUACCUACAGUUGGAAUAAUGGAUGAUCGAGCAAUUGAAGAUUUAGAUGAUGAAAGAAGCUCUAAGAAACACAAACAAUAUAAUUUAAAAACAUUUAAAAAAAAGAAAGUUGUCGUAAUGAUGAAGUAAACAUAUUAAAACUUGUUCAAUAAAUAAAUAUUUAAAAAAAUUAUUUUUUAUUUUUUAGUUAAUUAUGAUAUAAUGUAAAUAUAUAAUAAUAUGUAUCAUAUCAUUGAACAGUGUUUCGGUAAGUUUACUUUACUGAUGAAUAAUAAAAUUUAGUAAUUUGAAAAAA